GGGCUUCUGUCCCGGCACCUCGCAGGUACUGCCUCCCGAGUCGCGCGGAGACAUGAGUGACACUGGAGGCGACCGCGCGCGCCUGAGGCGCUACCCCAAACUCCCGGUAUGGGUGGUGGAGGAUCACCAGGAGGUUCUGCCCUUCAUAUACCGAGCCAUAGGUUCAAAACAUCUUCCUGCCAGUAAUAUAAGUUUCUUACAUCUUGACUCCCAUCCAGACCUGCUCAUUCCUGUGAAUAUGCCAGCAGACACUGUGUUUGAUAAAGAAGCACUCUUUGGAGAAUUAAGUAUUGAAAACUGGAUUAUGCCUGCUGUUUAUGCUGGCCAUUUUUCUCAUGUCAUAUGGCUUCAUCCCACGUGGGCUCAGCAAAUCAGAGAGGGCAAACACCACUUCUUAGUAGGCAAAGACAUUUCUACCACAACCAUCAGGGUUACAAGUACUGAUUAUUACUUCCUAAGUGAUGGUCUGUUUGUACCUGAAGACCAGCUAGAGAACCACAAACCCUUACAGUUGGAUGUGAUUGUGGUAGACCCUCACACAUUCUGUGACCAUCAGGAUGACAGGGACUCUGUGUCCUCUGCAAAGAAGCCCAAGCUGGCGCCGCGAGGUACAGAGAGCGCUGCUGCUGCGAAUGGCGACUCUUGCUCAAAGAACUUCAAGGGGGACACAGUGACAGCCAGAGGUGACGAUGCUUCCCAAGAGUGCACAUGCUCAUGUUCUGAGAGUCAGCCAUGCCGGAGCAUGGCCAGCGCUGGGGAGAUCCUGGAAGUGGUGAAGACUGGAGACGCAUUUGUUUUAGAUAUUGACCUGGACUUUUUUUCAGUCAAAAAUCCCUUCAAAGAAAUGUUCACUCAGGAUGAGUACAAAAUCCUCCAGGAGCUUUACCAGUUUAAAAAGCCUGAUAGUGACCUUUCUGAGGAAGAUUUGGUAGACAUUGUGGACACACGAAUUCAUCAGUUAGAAGAUUUAGAAGCAACUUUUGCGGAUUUGUGUGACGAUGACAGUGAAGAAACUGUAAAGAGAUGGGCUGCAAACCCUGGAAUGGAGUCACUAGUUCCACUUGUACAAAGUUUGAAAAAACGGAUGGAAGCACCAGACUAUGAAAUGGUUCACCAGGCUGGGCUGACCUGUGACUUCUCAGAACUUCCUCAUCAUGUCAGCACAGAAGAAGAAAUCCAGUGUCUCAUUCAGUCUGUCUAUUGUUUAUUGAAAAAUCUACCAAAGCCUACUCUUGUGACAAUUGCAAGGUCGAGUCUGGAUGAUUACUGUCCCCCCGAGCAAGUUGACAGCAUCCAGGAAAGGGUCCUCGGUGUGUUGCGCUCACUCUAUGGGGCCCUGGAUGCUCACCUGGUGUAUUCUGCAGAGUCUCCUCCUCCGUGUUGAAGCACAGAGCACCAGAUCCCUCUGCACU